GACAGUCAAGUAUAAUAGUCGAUUUUAAACAGUCACCAUGACAAGUCGAUUGCGUUCUAAGCAGGCAAUAACCACAUUUAAUAAAGAAACCAAAAUUUGGCAUGGAGAACGUGCAGAUCAUGUUUUUGGGGCUCAUGACUCCAUUGGAUCAGUUGCUAUAUCGUCACUGCUAAACGAUCCUGAUCAUAUAACUCAGAUUUGUUAUCCCAGCGGUAAAGAAUACACAAAUCAGGAAAUAGCUACACUCUCAAUACGAAUUGCCCUUAAUUUACAAAAACUUAACUUAGCGCAACGGGAUGUUAUAGGUUUGUGUGCUGCUAACAGUGAUUUUGUAGCACCUUUAACCUUUGGUGCUCUGUUAUGUGGUCUAAGUAUUAGUACUCUUGAUCCCAGUUUUGAUAGAAAAGGAAUUGCUCAUGUCUAUUCCAUAACAAAACCCAAAAUAAUGUUUUGUGAUGGUGAUAAUUAUAAAAGUGUAAAGUCUGCUCUAGAGGAAUGUAAUCUUUGCGAUACAAUAAUAUAUACUCAUCAGGGUUAA